UAAAACCUUUGGUCAUUAGUUUGAGAUUUGACUUUAAGGAGUGGAACUAGUUUUACAACCUAUCUAUAUAUUAGUUAAGUUUACGCGCCAGUUUGACCGGUUGUCGCAAUCCAGCUGUCGUAGUGUCAUGACUACGUCGUGGGUUUCAGAGUGCAAGGACUUAUCUAACACUGAUUUGGUUCAUAUCGCCAAACUUGCUGAGCAGGCUGAACGAUAUGAUGACAUGGCGGCAGCUAUGAAGCGGUAUACCGAAGCUUCGGGGAAUUUAGGGAACGAAGAACGGAAUUUACUAUCAGUGGCAUAUAAAAAUGUUGUGGGUGCUAGAAGAUCAGCAUGGAGAGUGAUUUCUGGAAGCGAGACGAAAGCAGCAAAUGACCAUGUUAAAAGUCAAAUAGCAGAAGAGUACCGUAUUAAAAUAGAAAAGGAGUUGAAUGCAAUCUGUGAUCAGGUUUUGGCUCUGCUCAAAGAUUAUCUGCUUGUACAGGAAAGUAACGAUGAGAGCAAAGUUUUCUUUCUGAAAAUGCAAGGUGACUACAAUCGGUAUCUUGCUGAAGUUGCCAGUGAUAAGACUCGAGCCGAAGUGGUCCAAAGAUCACUCGAUGCUUACACGAAAGCUACUGAGGCUGCCAAUAAGUUGCCCACCACUCAUCCUAUCCGUCUUGGUUUAGCUCUUAACUUCUCUGUGUUUUAUUACGAAAUACAAAAUAAUUCUCCCCAGGCGUGCCAGUUAGCUAAAUGCGCCUUCGAUUCAGCAAUAGCAGAACUAGAUCAGCUUCAAGAUGAUUCCUACAAAGACAGCACACUGAUUAUGCAACUUCUAAGAGACAAUUUGACGGAACAAAGAAGAAAAGGAUUCUAAUGAAUGCCAUCCAGACACCAGACCUUACACAAAAUGCAACAAUAAAAUUGCUUAAACAGGAACAUUUUCAUCCAAAUAAAGAGCGUUUAUAGUCUCUCAGCGUUAUAUUAUUAUUAUUAUCAUUAUUAUUAUUAUUGUUAUUACUUCCACGUCUUCAACUUGUUCUUCACCUUCUCCAUACUCGUCAAGUCGAC